CUAGAUGAAUUAUCUAAUUCAACGCGGAAAGAUGCGCCAGCAGGCGAUAAAUGUUCCAGAGGGACUGCCGGAACUUCUAUCCGAUGUUACAAGGGAGGUUCUACGAUGUCAGCCGAAGAAGGAGUGCCUCUGCCAGUUCAUCAUAGACUAUCUGCACUCUGUUAUCGUGACCAGGGAGAAGGCACUGGUGGCCAAGACCAUUUUGGACCGGGCUUUGCGACAGGUGGACAGCAUAAUAUCGGACCUCUGUGUCUGCGAUUUGUCCAGGGAGAAGUCCGAGUUGAUGGCCCAGGUUCUGGAGGAUUGUUUCCGCAACUUCCUGGAGAAACGGCGCUGCGAGAUGCGGCGCGGCAAGCAGACAAUAAACUUCGAGGACGUGGACAUUCUGGAGGAGCUGCUGCAGAAGUGCAAGUUCUCGGACGAGGAGCUGAUCAUGUCGCGUCCGGCCAUCGAGAGUGCCUACAAGCGCUUCGUGGAGGCCUACAUGUCCGCCGAACGAGGCGCCGAUGGAACCGAGCUGCUCUACCAGUACUUCCGGGAUCGGGAGCUGAAGCGGAUUAACGAGGCAAUGCGCCAACAGGCGGCCAUCACAAUUCAGGCCGCUUGGCGUGGCUAUUGGGUCCGCAUGCAGUUUCCCCAGGAAGUGUGCGUGUGUGUUUGCGCGGCGGAGAAGGAGGACGACGAGGAGGAGAAACGCAAGCAAGAGGCAGCGAGCAUCCUGCAACGAUUCUUCCGCAAGGUCAUGUUGCGUGCUGCCACCAAACCUAUCGAAGAUCCCUGUGCGGAACCCUCGGAUGCCACGGAGCAUGGAACGACGGCAGCGACAUCUUCGACAAAGAGUGGGUAUGAUGAUGAAACUGUUCUGGCGACAGCGGUGGCUACUGCCGCUCCAAGUGCUGCUCCUAGUGCUCCAGGAACUGCUGCUCCGACUGCUCCGGCAACUGCUGCUACAAGUGCUGCAGCAACGGCUCCUCCAACUGCUCCGGCCACGGCUCUGCCAUCGGACACCGGUUUGGCAGAGCCAGCAGAUCAAGCUCCACCGGAGGGGGCCGAACCAGGAGAAGCUCCGCUGGAAGAGGCACCUCCGGCCGACGAGGCUGCACCACCACCGGCAGAGGAUUCCGCACCACCAGCCGCAGAGGAAGCGGCACCACCUCCUGCCGAAGAAGCUGCACCACCAGCUGCUGAAGAGUCAGCACCACCGCCCGCUGAGGAACCUCCAAAGGCGGAGGAGGCCGCUCCACCAGCUGAAGAAUCCCCCGCCGAAGAAGCCGCCGAGUAGAUGAAGCUAUAAUAUAUUUUUUUUCUUAGUUU